AUGGCGCUUUCCGCUACCAUGGUUCGCGCUCGAGAGCCAGGCUGCCGAAAAAUCUUUCCGAUGAAUUGCACCUUUGCCUGCCGAGACUCGAUCUCGGACAUGGGCUCCAUGUCCGCUUCCAUUGAUGAGCCGCAGGUCUGGCAACCGCGGCGCUUCGAGGGCCUACAGCAGCAGUCCGUGCCGAGGCGCCCUGGCAUUGACCCUGCGGUGGAGGCAGAACCGCCACCACUCAAGUCCCCUGAGAACGACAAAGAGAAGGAGACCGCCGACUGCCCGAUUUGCUGCGAGGACCUGGGCAGGUCCCCACAGGAGGUUGGAGCGCUGACCUACCAGGGCAAGCGCAUCGAGCGGGACUUGUACCACGUAGGCUGCUUCACCCUGAUGCUGAGCCACAAGGGCGCCUUCCGUGGCGAGCGCUUGAAGGACGGCUACUUGGAGAACCUGAAGAUCUCCUGGGGGCAGAGCCCCACCACCCGACAGCCGGUGGACGGCUUUGUGAGCAUGCCAUCGAUGGCGGACCGCACGGCUCUGGUUUCCUUCAUGGAUUGGAAAAGCACUGGGCGGAUCGACGUGGCGGAGCUGGCGACCAUCGCGGCGGUGCAGCUGCCGCUGAGCUCCAGCGCCAUGGAGGGUUUCAUCCGGGAGAACUUCCAGGUGGACAAAAAUGGAGACAUCUCCACGGACGAGCUGCAGAUGAAGGUGCUUCCGUACAUCGCGGAGCACUUUGAGUCCAUCACCAAUGCAAGAGAGGAGGAGAAGCGCAGAGCUGCGAAGCUCCGAAGCGAGUUCCUUUUGAUGCGGCUUGACGCUGCCACGAGCACGUCUUGCGCCAGCUCUUCCGCCAAGUGGAUGCAAGCGGCUUUGGAUGAACUUUCCUACUGCGUGGCAGAAGGCGACGCAACGGCCAUCCGCGUCCUCGCGCGGCUCAUUGCGCACGAUGAGGAAGAGGAAGUCAGGCAGAAGGCAGCUCAGUUGAUCCCGAAGGUCGCCACGCGAGGAGACCCGCAGGCUUUCGAGGUGCUCUCGCAGGCUCUUCAGCACCGGUCCAGCAGGGUCAGGGCCACUGCUCUCGAGGUCCUGCCGCAGGUCUGCAUGUCCGGGGAUCGGCGCGCAUUCGAGGAGGUGUCCCUACGUCUCCAUGACCGGUCACCACAUGUCCAGGUGGCUGCAGCCCACGCCCUGGCAAAGAUAGCAGAUUUUGAGGACAAGGAGGCCGUAGAGGUGUUGUGUGGGAAGCUCCACGCAAGCUCCCCGGGGGUCUGCUGCGCGGUGCUGGAGGUGCUGCCGCAACUGGCGGCGCCCUGCAGCGAGCCGGCGCUGGGCGCGGCGCGCCGCGCCCUGGAGGCUCCCGGCGCGGAGCCGACGGUGCAGGUGGCAGCACUCAUCAGCCUCAUGGCGCUAGCGCCAGGGGACGAGGCGGCGCUUCAGGCUCGGCCUGAGCGGCUGCGUGCCAUGCUUUGGGCCUUUGUGCUCGCCUCCACCGCAGUGGCAGGACCGAGCAGGGAGAAUGAUUUUCAUCGGUACCUGCCAUCUGCAAAGUCUACUCCCGGCGAUGGCAACUACCAGCAGUACAUGAAGCACUGGGGAGGCGGCAACAUCCCAAACUACAGUUACAAGAAGUGGAUGGCCACUUACGCCCCAGAAUACGGGAUGUACCUGAAGGAAGAGAAGGACGUGAGGCAGGCGAAGGUGGACAUCCGUGACAUGUUGAAGAGCUAUGCUUUGGCGGAUGAUGUGGAUCGCAAGGAGAGGCAGGCCUUGAGGCCGCUGCUCGCGUCGGCAGAUGGCACCGAGGCUGAGCACAGCCAAGGGAACUCAACGGACGCUCGCAGAUGGAUCAGAGAGGAGGAGAAGGAGCGACGGGAGGCGGAGAAGGAGGAGGCCGCUCUGAAGGCCAAGCUGCAGGCCGAGCACGAGCGCCUGAAGAAGGAGCGCCAGGCCGAUGAGGCGGAGCUGCGGGCGGAGGUAAGGCGCGAGGCGCAAGAGGCGCGGAAGGAAAAGGAGGAAAAGGAGGCGCAGGAGAAGAAGAAGCAUGAGGCACACAAGGCCGCUGCGGAAGUAUUUCUGGCCGCUGCCAGCGGCAAAGGGGACACAGAGUCUGACGAGUCGCACAAGUCGGGCAAGUCUGACAAGGCUGCAGGAUCCCGUCCUUCUCAGGACGACGCAAGCGGUGUCCACCCCAGCGAGCGCAUCAGGGAGGAGAAGGAGCGCGAGCGGGAGAGGCGCGAGCGCGAGCGCGAGGAGGCUGACCUGCAGGCCGAGCUGGAGGAAGAGCACGAGCGGUUGGUAAAGGAGCGCCAGGCUGAGAAGGCCGCGCUGCAGGCGGAACUGGCGCGCGAAGACAAAGAGGCGCAGGAACAGGCGAAGGCGCAGAAAUCAGAGUCGCCCAAGGCCGCUGCGGAAGUGCUUCUGGCCGCUGUUAGCGGCAAAGGGGACACAGAGUCUGACCAGUCGCACAAGUCGGGCAAGUCUGACAAGGCUGCAGGCAGGGCUGCAACUGAAAUGCAAGAUUGGGGGAUAUGA